CAAUCCUGCUAACCGAGUUUCGCGUGCUCGGCAGUGAUUGCAACUGUUGGGCUACACGUCUCAUCAGUGAUGUCCUCUCUCUCUCAACCAGCUCGUGUUCUUCUCCUCUCUGCAGCGCUUAUCGCCGUAGGCGUCAGAGCUCAAACCACAGAUCGGAACCGCAAUUUUGGGGACAUCGCGCUUGGCAGGACGAUUACAGCGACGUCGACUUGCGGUCUGAAUGGACGUCAACAGUACUGCGUUGUCGCGUCUCUAGGCACAGAGAAAUGCUUCGACUGUGAUGCUACAAACCCGCUAGAAGCACACCCUGCGAGCCUCAUGGUCGACCCCGAACCGGCGGAGAAAAGUACAUGGUGGCAGUCCGAGAACGGUGUACAUAAUGUCACCGUGCAGCUCGACUUCGAGACGAAGUUUACGUUCACGCAUCUGGUGUUGACGUUUCAGAGUUUCAGGCCCAAGUCGAUGGUACUGCAACGCUCGACCGAUUUCGGUCAGACGUGGACGGAUUACCAGUACUUUUCGAGCGAUUGUCGGGGGAUGUACGACAUGGCGGACAAGAGUCCUAACGAGAGGGUAACGCUGAAGGAGGUGAUUUGUACGAGCGAGUAUUCAGACCUCGAGCCGUCAACUGGAGGAGAGGUUGUUUUCAGCACGGUGCCGCAUUCAGUGUCAAUCAUUGAUCCAUACGACGAAGAAGUCAUCGAGAGACUGAGCGUGACAAAUUUGAGAAUCAGGCUCGAUAUGUUAAACACGCUCGGCGACGACUUGCUCGAUCCACGACCCGACGUCUUGAGGAAAUAUUACUAUGCAAUUUAUGAUUGGAAUGUCCACGGUCGGUGCUCGUGUAAUGGUCACGCGGACUCUUGUGUUGCUGUCGAGAACAUACGAUUCAGUCCAGAGCUGCAGACAAUAAUGAUCCACGGACAGUGCGAGUGUACUGGCAACACAGUCGGACUGAAUUGUGAGGAAUGUAAGCCGCUGUACAACAACAGAAAAUGGAAACCACAACAAUCGUGUGAACAAUGCGAAUGCUACGGCCACGCAGACAGCUGCAGGUUUGAUGCAGCGGUUUACGAAGCCAACGGCAAGAAAGACGGGGGAGUUUGCAUGAGCUGUAGAGACAACACGGCAGGAAACAAGUGCGAGCAGUGUGCACACGGGUACUACCCGCGUCCCGGCAAACUUUUCACUGACAAAGACAGAUGCGACCGUUGUGACUGUGAUUCGGCUGGUAUACACGGGAAUGGUCACUGUGCGCAGGAGUCGGAUAGCAUUCAGGGUGUUGUGCUGGGUGAUUGUCAGUGUAAGCGCAAUGUGGUCAAACAGAAAUGCGGUGAGUGUCGAGCGGGCACGUGGAAUUUGUCCGCGUCCAAUCCGGAUGGCUGUCAAGAGUGUGAUUGUUACACUGGCGGUACGUUGGACGGUAGCGCCAGCUGCCAUCUUCAAACAGGCCAGUGUUUCUGUAAGAUGUACGUCACUGGAAGACGAUGCGAUGAAUGCAAACCUGGAUAUUACAUGAUGAGACGCUUGAAUCCUAGAGGAUGUGAGAACUGUGACUGUGAUCCGGGUGGAGCAUUGGAUCAUCGCUGUAACCAGCUGACCGGCACUUGCGUGUGCCGAAGCAACAUCCAUCGUCGAAGAUGCACAGCCGUGUGGCCCGGCUACUUCUUUCAAAACUUGGACUACCUUUUGUAUGAGGCCGAGUACAUGACACUAGAGAAUGGGGCAGAUCCGAUUCAUCGUAUCCGUAUCAGUGACGAUGCGGUGACGUGGACAGGACACGGAUUCGCUAAGGUGUCAACAGGUAGCCGACUGAGUUUCAUGUUCAGCAACAUCUCCAUGACGAUGCCAUACGAGUUCCUCAUCCGAUAUGAAUCACAGUCUACGUCACCUGUUUCUCAAGUCAUGGUGACGGUCACUCACAUUCCUGGUGUAAACGGUUAUAAUAUUGACCCAUUGGGUCAUCUGUCUCGCUGCAAUCUCGUCGAGGCCGGUCACAUCCUGCAGUUCUUAGUCAAACUGAAGAAAGCCAACGGAGCAAGUCACGUUGUAUAUGUAGAUCCCAUCUGUCUAUUUGCAAAGGAAACGUACCGCGUCGACAUGUCAUUCCAAAUGAUGAAUUCGGGUGCCGGCUCAACUCUCAUCGAUUCCAUUGUGUUGCUCCCAACUACUGACUCAGUUGGUAUUCUCAAUGAUCUUGCUCUGCAGCAGCAGUGGGAAGAUGCUGACUGUUACAACCGGCGACUUCAAGUGUCACCAAAUGGGGCACGAAGCGAAGUGUGUGAGCGACUCAUGUUCUCUAUCUCUGCGAUUAUCAACAACGGAAGCAUCCCAUGCGAAUGUAAUGCUAAUGGAUCAACGUCACCCAUUUGUCUUCCAUUCGAGGGUCAGUGCAACUGUAAGCCUGGUGUUAUAGGCCGCAGGUGUGAUGUCUGUGCACCGGGACAUUAUGCAAUGAGUGGAUUUGGUUGUGCUGCUUGCAACUGUGAGGUAACGGGCAGCAAGUCUCUCUUCUGUGAUGACCAGACUGGCCAGUGUCCGUGUCUAGAUGGACGCAGUGGCCCACGAUGCGACAACUGCGAACAAUACAGCUACUACAACCGGCACACAGGCCGGUGUAUGCCGUGUGGGUGCGACAAAAACGGGUCCGCGACCCUCGAGUGUGGCACAAACAUCAACGGCAGCUGCUCGUGUAAGCCCGGAGUGGGCGGCCACAAACUCCAGUCCGGAUGCAUUGCAUGCGGAUGCAGCAGCUUGAGCAGCGUAGACAGUCAAUGCGACAGCUCAGGCCAGUGCGAAUGCAAGGAAGGCGCAACGGGAAAGGCUUGCGAUCAAUGCAAACCGAACACGUUUGACAACCUGAAUAUCGACAGCGGCUGUCAGAGUUGCUUCUGCAACGGCUUCAGCUCGUCGUGUAUGUCGGCACCCGGAUGGUACUUGCAUUCAAAAGUCAGUAACUUUGCAAUGAGAUUCGACUUCGAUGGAUGGAGGGCCGACUCGGGGAGAGUCACAUGGGAAACAGGUGAGUUUUUAUUGGCGGAGCCAUUGGGAUCGGCACCUUCAGUCUCGUGGAUGGCGCCGCCUGAAUUCCUCGGCGACAUGAGGACGGCAUAUACUCAACAGCUGCAGUUUGCACUUCGACAGCCGGCUGGAAUUCCUGCCGAUUCUGACCCAUUAGUUGCAUACGUUUUCCUGCAUCGUCGCCGUGACCCAAGCGCCAAGCUCUACCACGUGUUGAAUCCUCCACCGAGCGAAUCAUGGACACUCUACACUAUCUCUCUGAUGUCAACAGAAUGGAGUCGUGGGAAGAUGAAUGGUAACACACCACACACGACGGAGCUCCGAAAGCUUCUCGCUGAUAUUGCAGAGCUGCGCAUCACAACCAUGUAUCCCUCUGGAUUUCCCGGGCAGUUGAAGCAGCAGGCACUCGAUCAAGUGAGGUUGACGUACGCCGCCGAAGACAACAGCACAUCGGAUGUUGCGACUCACGUCGAGGAGUGUACGUGUCCUGAUGGGAGAAUUGGCCGCACGUGUGCCUGGUGUGCGGAGGGGUGGACACGUGAUCCACCAAACAGCGGCGAAUUCAGCGCAUGCGUGAGAUGCUUCUGCUGGGGACAUUCGGACAUGUGCCAUCCCGAAACGGGCGUCUGUAUCAACUGCAUGGAUAACACGCACGGAGACAAGUGCGACACGUGUCAGCCUGGUUACUAUGGUGAUGCAAUGUUAGGAACAUGUAAACCAUGUCCGUGCCCCGGCGGCACAUCAGGUAACAAGUUUGCUGAUUCGUGCGUGAAAUCGGAAUCGUCUGGCUGUCCUGACGGAAUCCGUUGCAACUGUGAACCGGGAUACGUCGGCUGUCGGUGUGAUCAGUGUGCAUUGGGAUACUACGGACAACCGAGGAUUCCGGGCGGACGUUGCAAUAACUGUUCCUGUACGAACAAUGGACCGCCGGGCGACUUGGAAAACUGCGACAAAGUGACGGGCAUAUGUAAAGUGUGUCUGUACAACACGACCGGCGAUCAGUGUAACGAGUGUAUUGAUGGUUUCCAUGGAGAUGCAUCAAAACGAGAGUGUCGACCUUGUGAUUGUGAUCCGUUGGGAUCACUGCAUGGAAAUUGCGAUCCAUUCAAUGGACGGUGUCACUGCAAUCCGAAUGUUGUAGGAGACAGAUGCGACCAAUGUGCUGAUGAUCAUUGGGGUUUCAGUCGGGGAUUGGGUUGUGUCCCUUGUCUGUGUUGCCCGGGGUCUGUCAACUCGCAGUGUGAUAUGGAAACCGGACGUUGCGAGUGCCGACCAAAUACCGGGGGAGAUGAUGAUCCUCGCUGCUGCUUUUGCAAGACAGGCUUCUGGAACUAUAGCACUACAGGGUGUCGAGCUUGCGACUGUGAUCGUCAAGGAAGCGAGGAAGGUGUAUGCGAUCCCGAGACUGGCACAUGUCUGUGUAAGUUGAACGUGCUUGGACCACGAUGUGAUAAAUGUCGUGAUGGAACGUCCGGUAUUCUUCCAUAUUGUGAGCCGUGUGGUGAAUGCUACGAGACGUGGCUGGUAGAGGUGGAGAGAGUAAGAGCCGAAGUCGUCAACUUGACGAACAAAGCAAAGGCAAUAACACAGCACGGUAGUCUAGGAGAAUACGAAGAAGAGUUGCAAGAAAUGGAAAGGAAAUUGAACGAAGCAGAGAGGAUCAUAAGAGAAGGAGCCGAUAGCCCAGAUAGAGUGGUGAUGUCACAGGAAAAACUGGAAUCUGUGGAGCUAAAACUGGGUGCUAUUAGAGGCCGUUUACGUUUACUAAACGACCGACUGGAAAAUACAUCACGUAGAAAUGACGUGGUCAGUUCUGACCUUGACAAUCUCGAGAAUACACUUAAAAUGGCUGAAGAUAACAUCACAGCUAUCAAAGAAGAAGCAGAUAUGAUCAACGGCACAAGUGUGGAUACUGUUAUUAAAGAAAUUCGUGCCGCUGGUGAGAAGUCACGUAGAGCUGCUGAUCGCGUCAACGCCACACGUGAUGUCGUCAACAAAGCCAACGGUCUGAAAGACAGUUCAGCCGGACUGGUUGGACCCAAGUUUGUGGACCAGCAGAAUGAGAAUCGCGCUCAGCUGUCAAACGCUCAAUCUGAUUUGAUGAGAUUCGACGAUUUGAUUCGUAAAACCAACGAAGAAGUUUGCGGCCAAACGGGAGAUGACUGUCAAACAUGUGGCGGUAUUGGCUGUGGUGGUGUGUGCGGCGGUUCCGGCUGUUCGGGUGCCGUCAACCGCACGCAAAUUGCAGAACAAAAUGCAAGACAAGCGCGCACUCAAGUUGAGGCAAAACUGAAACAAUCAGAAACGAUUAUAAAGCAGUUAGACGUCGCACGUCACACGUCCAAUCAAGCUCAAGUGAAUGCUACUCUAGCUGUUACUAGAGCAAAGGAGGCAGAGAAAGUGGCCAGUGAUGUGUAUAGGAAUGCGAGUCUUUUGUUAGAUCGACUUCUACAGUUCCAGAUGGGAGAUCGUGCUAAUCCUGAGGAUAUCAGGAGGGAAGUCGAUGCUGUCUUUGGUAUAAACCAUCUCCCUGUUGAUCAGAUGCAAAUGUUAGUGAACGAGACCAGACAGUUGUUGGAUGGCAUCGAUCCGGCACUGGUUGAAAAUGCUGAUUUGUAUAGUCAGUUACAUGCAAAUGUAUCCGCAGUUUGUGAAGAUGCUAAAGAUGCAGGAGUGCAGGCUGAAUUUACGGUGAAUGAUACUGAUGAAAUUGAAAAGAUUCUAAGCCAAGCUGCAAUGCAUCAGGAUGCAGCAGCAAGCAACAUCAGUACAGCGGAGCCUAAUGUCAUGAUGGCUAAUGAAACAUCGAAGAAAGCGUUUGCCAAGACAAUGGAAGCAAGUAGUGUGAGCACUCGUGUUCGUGCUCAGAUUACUCAAAUAGGAAGAGGAGCAGAGGAUGUGCGGGACAGGGCGAGUGACAAUCGAGGUGACAAGCUGCCUAAUGCAGAAACUGCUGUGAGAAUUGCACAGUCUGCACUGAAUAAUGUCCAGGAUGACAUCGAUGAAUUGAAACUAGACCUAACUCGAUUUCUUGGAAAUCUGGACAUGGCUAGUUCAGAGGCUCAGGCUGCAAUUAGUAGAGCAAACGAGAGCAAGAAAAAAGCAGAUGAUCUACUUGUUCAAGUGCAAGGAGACCAAACACAACUGCUUGCCUUUGAAAGGAGAGUGAAUGAAAACAACGCUACUAUCACCAAUUUGGAAGGAACAGCAGAACGUCUCUCCAAUACUAUUGACAAUCUUCUAAGAGAUAUCACCAGGAAGGCUGAUCAUCAUGCAUCUUGUCAACCGCCUGCGUAGAAGAUUUUAAAUAUUGUAGCUAAUGCAGUUUGAUUGUAGAGUUUUGAAGGUAAUUCAGACCAAAGACAUACUAGUGCACUUGAGUUGGUAGUUUAUGACGCAUUUAUGAUGCUCAUCAUGUGACAGUGUUUGGGUUAGGGAUAUCUAUUUGUAAUGGAGAGGGUUACUGGAUGUGUGGCCAGGUGUGCUGAUGAA